CAUGUGGGCAGUACAGCAUGGGCGUCCCCUGGUACCCCCCGAGAAAAUGGUGGCAGUCUAGCCGUCUUUUCAGUCAGGAUGUUGGCCUGCCGCCUUUCCUGGAGCCUCGGGACCCUCGGUGGCUGGAUGUGGAGCGGGUCCAGAGGAGUUUGGCAGCCUGUUCCUGGCCAGGGUACAUACCCGCUCCGCUGUUUGUGCCCUACAUCGCUGCUCCGAUGCAUCAUCCCGAGCAGAUGACGAGCAAGGAGCAGUACAAGUGGUGGGUCAACCUGGACAUGGCUCACUUCUCCCCGUCUGAGAUUUCACUCCGCGUCAGUGAUGGAUUCCUGGAGGUCGGAGGGAAACACGAGGAGAGGCCAGACGAGCAUGGAUUUAUCACCAGAUGUUUCACAAGGAAAUACAGGCUCCCAGCUGAGAUUGAUGUGACAAAAAUCGCAUCCACACUUUCUGUUGAUGGUAUCCUGACUGUGGAAGCUCCAGUUCCUGACACCUCUGUUCCUGCAGUCAUCAUCAUUCCCAUAAAGGUGGAGAUGGAGGCAGCUGGAGACAAAAAGAGAGCAGAAGAAGCCCCUGAUACAGACCCAGAUAGCUGCAGUGCACCAGACGGUCCAGACAGUACGUGCGCAGAGGCUGAUGGGGAUGAGUCUCCACUAGAGGUCUGUGGUGAUCAGGCCCAACCUGGCAGCUCUGCAGCUGGACUUCAGCAGCAUGAAGAGAGGAGGGAACAAGAGGAGGAGACCUGUGAAAAGCCAGCUGGAGCACUCCUCCUUUCAGAGCCUGCACACGACGAAGGCACAGAGGGUUUUCAAGAUUCCUUAAAGCACGGUGAAGCCCUGGAAAGCCAAGAAGACCAAGACAUAUCCAAACAACCAGAAAACAAAGAAACAGGCAUGGAUGGAGAGAACCAGGAAAUGGAAGGCUCAGACAUGGCUGAAGAGAUCACCCAGCUUGAGGAGUCAGGGCUGAACAAGGGUCUGCCUGGUGAGGUUCUGAGCCAGGAGCUGGAGGCCCCUGAUAUGAAACAAGAACACACUAAGUAGAAACCAGAAAAUCUGCAGAUCACAUGAUGAUAAAAUUAAACAGCCUGCUUAGUUUACCCGGCACUAGUUUUAAAAUGCAUUAAAGAGAAUAGAUCUAUCAGUUGUGUAAUCAUGUCGCCAUUGGAGCUCCAAUAAAGCAAAA